GUGUAGCAUUGCAGAGUGCAUUGCAUAACAGAAAGAGAGAAAGCAAUGGAAGAUUCAGGAGCGAUUCUCGCUCACAUUUCAUCUCUGAAGGAAAUGCUGGAUCAGGUAAACGAAGAAAUCGAGGCUAAUAUUCAGAUUACUCGAGAGAUCGAAUCCAGCAUCGUCAAAUGCGAGGAGAUCGAGGCCGAUUUUGCAACCAGAGAAGCUGAAUUGAUCAAAACCAGUGCCAUGUUGCAGUUCGACACCGUAGGAUACGUCACCGUCGCUGCUGAUUUCAGGGCUUCAGUAAGUACAUUGGAGAAGGAGUUAUGCUGUCUUAAAAUGAAGCGGGAUGAGAUGGUUAAUAAAAUGAAUGAAAAACGUGAAAAUUUUACAACACUAUGUCUAGAAUUUCAGAGAGAAAUUGACAAGAGAGAAGAUUGUGAAGUGAGAACUGUGUUGUCUGAGAAAGAUUCCCUUGAAAAUGAAAUUCAACUUUUGGAAAAGAAAAAUAAUGUUUUUAAAAAUUCAGUAUUGGCAUUUGUGGAGGAAAUUCUUGAGGAUCUUCAUAGUUCGAACUCAGUGAUGUUUUGCAACCUUUCCAAUUCACUUCCUCACGACCCCUACUGCAGCAUUAGAAGUUCAGAUACUGAGGAGUAACUGGGAGAAUGAGAAAUUGCUUAAGGAUAUCAAUGAUUUGAAGACUACACUGCUUUCAGCAAUUGGGACCAGCGAUGAUAUACUAUAAGUUCAUUUCUUUAAAUAAUUAACUGGAGUUUCAAGUCAUUUUUGUCAUGUUUGAUCAUUAAGGAUCUUCUGGUGAGGUUUAGAUAUGGAUAGAUAAAUAUGGAAAGUAGGAAAACUUUUUGAUGGAGCAGAGUACAUGAUUAAAAAACUAAGCAGUCAGCUUGUUGUGGCUUUCUUGUUCUGGUAAGUGAUAAGAACAAAACAAUGCUAGCGUGCUAGUCUGUUUUGUUCUUUAUUAAUUAGCAUCAUGAUAUCUCAUAUUCUCCCAUGUAUGAUUUUGAAUUUAACUUGAUACGGAAUAUAUGAAGAAUAGCGACUAGCAAGUAAAUGGCCACUGCGCGCACUUGAAUCAAAACCAAGUUAUGGUCACAAAGUCCCAUGCACCAGAUAUAGGCAGCAAGUGUAUCAAGAGAAUGAAGCACGUGGUGUUGGUCCAUUGAAGUUGACAGGUGUAAAGAACUGUAACUGUGUCCGUGAAAGAUAGUUUUCUUGUUGAAUUAUCUCUUCCUCGCGGAGUAUGAGCUUUUGAAGCCCUUUGCGGUAAUGCAGCUAAGCAGCUUUUCAUGUUUGGAUACAGUUGGCGCCUGAGGAUUACGCUGCCUCACAUGUGGGCUGGCCACUGCCCAGAGGUAUUGGUCAAACUACAGAGUUCAUGAGCUUAUAGAUUUUGAAUUUGUACGGCAACAAUAAGACAAGGAAAUCCUUCCAUUUCGUACUCUAUAUACUUUUUUUCCCUGCUGGGAGUGUUUGACAUCGUUCGUACCUGAAAAGAGACGUCCUCAUAUCAUUUUCUAGCUCUCAAAAGGACAAAUGUGCUCAUUUAAGUUGCUCCUUUUGGGUAGGGGUCCGUUUCGAAGCCUCCACAAGCUUGCUUAUUGACAUUACGCAAUAGUAUGUGAUUGUUCUGUCACCAUCCACUUCAGUUUGGGCCCCAUAAUUUCGAGCAUUGGUUCUGCUUCAGUAUAUCAGUAAGUAACAAACUGGGGCUUUCAGGUUAUUAUUUGUGAAUAGGGUCGUUCAUUCAUAAACAAUAAACUCGUUCAUCAAAUCAUGAAACGGCCAACCUUUGCUACAAAUUACAAGGUUUUACCACUUAAACAGCUUUACCAUACUUACAUCUAUGCUCAUUUUUAUUUUUUUUUCACUUUGGAUGGUAUUUCACUGGGCUGUAACUUUGACCUAAGUUUUACAGCGUUGAGUUUCAGUUAUCUUGUGGAGUUAUAAUGUCCUAUUAUCCUUUUUCUGAUCUUACAACUACAAACAGUUAAAGUAAAUACAUUCAUUUAAAAUAUAGGCAUCUAUGACUUAAUCAUAUGCAGAACGAUGCCUAGAUCCAUUAAAGGUUCUUGACUUGUCAAUUUUGAUUUAGCCCUUUCAGCAUCCAAUGAGUGAGAAUCAUGCUCAUGGUUCACGGUGUCAGGUAGCCCGUAGCCCUGCAAUUAUUUUAACUGCCAGGGGAAUUUGAUGUGGAAGGUUUGGGGGAUUUGUAUCACUUCA